AUGUAUGGAAUAUUGGAGUCAUCCACUCACACAGUUUUCAAUCUGCAGCAUGAAUCAAAGAGUCAGCUGAAUCAUGAGGCACUUCUCCUUCUUGACAUAGUGUGUGCACAAUGCAAAGUCUUUUGUGCAGAACAAGCUCUGGCCACAUGCAUUGCCCACAAAUACGAAUUGAUGGCCAAGUUGUACAAGUACAAGGCAGGCAGCAGCAAGGCAAGAGUCCAUGAAAAAGAUAUGGAGGUUGGCUCAUUAUGUGUAGCAAUGAAAAAAUGCAGACUGGGGGAGCCUAUUUUCGAUGUUAGCGUUUUGGCUGGCACAGUUAUUGAGCAUGCUGGUAGUCAAAUACUCACCAUUCAUCUAGACUAG